CAAGACUCUUCUCGUGAAGAAGGUUCUUCGAGAGAUGAAGAAUCAAGGGAUGAGACCCGAUGACCUUACCUACCUUACAAUGUUUCAGAGCUUCUGUAAAAAGGGUGACUUAGUCGAAGCGGAUUUGGUUUUGAGGAAAUUGAUUAGGAGAGAGUAUAGUAUGGAUAUAUGCAUAUAUGGAAGCUUUAUUUAUGGGCUUUGUAAAUCAGCUAAAUUGAGAGAAGCAGAUAAGUUAUUCCGGAAAUUGAUAAGAAGGGAUCACGCCGGAGUUUCUGGAGUUGGGAACUUGAAAAUGGGGAAGAGACCCAUUUUCCAAUUGGACUGCCAUGGUGCCGUUCCCGAGAUAAUGGCCUACGGAUGUUAUUGUAGGUCCCUGUGCGCUCUGGGAGGCUAGAUGAUGCUGAAACCUUGCUGAAGGAGAUGCUGAAGAAGAGAACUGUGCCUCAGAUCUGUGUUUACAAGGCUUUCAUUAAGGCUCUCUUUCGAGCUGGUUGGGCAGAAGAUGCUAUCAGAUUCUUUAAUGUUGAGAAGAAGAGAGGAUUUAUUGCUGCAGAGGAGAUAGGGGCAUCUGUUGUUGCAGAGCUCUGUGAAAUGGGUAAUGUUAAUGAUGCUUGGAGGAUAUUCAAUGAGUUUACCGUCAGCAGUCGGUUUGUUCCAGCAACAAGCAUUGUUAAUUGUAUCCUUAGUGGUAACUUGAAAGUGGGAAGACUGGCUGAAGCGGAGAGUCUAUUUGAGAGCAUUCAGAAGGGGAGUUUCACAGGAUUACCUGAUGUCUCAACAUACACCGUCAUGGUUGAUGGAUACUGCAAACAGGGUAAUAUUAUAAAGGCACUCUGUAUUUUUGAAGAAUUGUUGAAGAACAAUUUGCCAGUUAAUGGGACAUUGUAUGAGGUUAUUAUUAGAGGGCUGAAUGUGUGUGGGAGGGUUGAGGAAGCACACAAGUACUUAAAUGAAAUGAUUGAGAAUGGUCAUCUGGCUUCAUAGGUUGAA